UUUACCAAAUCAAGAUUUACCGGGUCUCACAUUGCUGCAGCAAAGCCAAAUCUCAGUUUGGCCAGGAGAACUUCUCAGGCUGAAGACCAGCCCAGCGCAGCAGUGUCUAGUGCCUCUAGACCAAGCACUACAGUCUCUACACCAGAUCCUACAGUUCCAACCCCUGUCCCCAGAGCCACUGCAGAUGUGUCCAAUCCCGCUCAGCCAUGCAGGACCGUCUCUACUGCUCCUUCUGGGGCAUUAUUGCAAGGUCCAUCUGUAGUUCAACUUCCUCGUUUGUGGUCUGAGACCAUACCACCAGAGGAUCACAAGUGGAUUGGCAAAAGGCUUUUCAAAAUUGGAUCCAAAGGAAAGCCAGCACUUCGUGAUGACCUCCAGCUCUGGUAUUACCCCCCACAACCAGCACUUAUUUACAAUCAGGCUCCAGCUCCAGACAGAUUCUUUUGUCAUACUCUUCUGCUGUGGAUGCCAUACAAGCUGUGGAGGGUUAAGGUUCUCUGUCCCAAUCCAGCCUGCGGACAACAUCAGCUGACAGGAGGUGGUCUGCACAAAAGGGCACGGCAGGUUCUAGACAUUGACAGAACAUACAAUAUGGUCACAGAAACCCUUAUCUGUACAAAGUGUAGAGCCUCGCAUGUGUCCUGA